AUGGUUGGAAUCAACGUCUUACAACAGGUGUCCCGUGCCCGGAACGGGGUGGGUGCGUUUGUUCUCCCAUGCAAGCGCAUAACGAUCUCGUACUGCAACUUCGGGGGUUCGUCGACGGGAAUCAGGGACUUCUUGCGACUCAGACUGGCUGGCUUUGCCAAGCAGCACCCGGAAGUGGAGUUCCGUGUUGUGGAAAAGCCGGGCAAACACCCGGUCCUCAAGGGCGAGUACACGACGCCAAACACAUUCUCCGCCGAGGGCAGUCCAGACUCGGUGAAGCAGAUUUGCGUGAGAAAGUGGAACAUCGACGUUGUGGAAAACAAACUCAAGCUGCUCAUCAACUCCUCGGGAAAAAAGCUCUCGAAGCCAAAGCACACCGUCGUGUCGUCCAACCCUUCGGUGAGAGGCAUCUGGUCUCCGUUCUACGUCGAUCCAAACCACAGAUACAAGAUAUAG